UGCUCAGGUUGCUGCGCCGCCCGCAGUGGCCGGGAAGGCGGGCGCACCGGCCUGGAAGGCCGCAGGGAGGAGCCUGUUCGCGGCCAUGGGGGCUCCGGGAGCGGUGCUUGUGAUGGGCGUCAGCGGCUCGGGGAAAUGAGAAAACUGAGGCCGAGAGUACCUGCUCCCUCACCCCGCGCUCCAACCUGCUCGCCCCGGGGCGCCUAGCCCGGGACCACAUCAGACACUCCGGUUUUCCAAUGAAAGCCCUUUGUAAAGAGGAGCCUACUCGGGUGCAAAUAAAGUAAAAGGUUCCAGUUGCGCCCUGGAGAAGCUCGGGCGGUCACAAGUGGCCUCGUCAGAACACAGUGGAAAGAUCCACCGUGGGUGCCCUGCUGGCCUCUGAGCUCGGAUGGAAAUUCUAUGAUGCAGAUGACUAUCACCCAGAGGAAAAUCGAAUGAAGAUGGCAAAAGGGAUACCGCUGAAUGACCAGGAUAGGAUCCCAUGGCUCUGCAACUUGCAUGACAUUUUACUAAGUGAUGUAGCCUCCAGACAGCACGUGAUUCUAGCCUGUUCAGCUCUGAAAAAAGCGUACAGAGACAUCUUAAUUCGAGGGAAAGAUGGUGCACCUCCCAAGUGUGAUGAUUCAGUGAAGGAAGAGAAUCCGGCUGAGGUGGAACUCCUGGUGGUCCAUCUAAGUGGGUCAUUUGAGAUCAUCUCUGGACGCUUACUCAAGAGAACAGGACAUUUUAUGCCCCCUGAGUUACUGCAGUCCCAGUUUGAUACUCUGGAGCCCCCAUCAGCUCCAGAAAAUUUCAUCCAAAUCAGUGUUGACAAAAGUCUUUCAGAGAUAAUUGCUACAAUUGUGGAAUCUUUAAAAUGAAGUGAGAAUCAUUUCAUAUCCAUGGUCCAGAACAGAAUUAGGCAUAAAUCUCUUAUUCCAUCACAAAUCAUGUUCUAGUAUCCUUGUUGAUUCUGUAUUCUAAGUUUUUCUAAGGUGAACAAACCACAGUGUGUUGAGAUAUGCUUGUUUGAGUGUAUUUUAAGGAAUUUGGAUUACUUUUUCAUCAGGCUCUUGAAUAUUAGGAGAGGAAACUUUAAAUGUAAGCUUUAAUUGAAGUUUAAAUUCCUAUGACCUAAUCAGAUGAUCAGAGGAAAUUCUUUAAAUUGAUACUGUAAAUCAUAACCUUAUUUAGAACAUUCUUUUCUGUAUUUGGACAAAUAAAUGAAACUUCACUAUC